GCUAAAGUGGUGUUGGAGGGGGAGGGGAGGAAGGAGCAGGCUAGGUGGCUGGCCCGGGCGUCGGGAGCGGGAGCUGAACGAAGCUGGGCCCCGGAGUGGGGCCGUCGCCGCUGCUGCCACCUUCGCCACUGCCACCGCCGCCAUGCGCUGGGUCCGGGCGUUGCUAAAGAACGCGUCCCUGGCCGGGGCUCCCAAGUACAUCGAGCACUUCAGCAAGUUUUCCCCGUCCCCCCUGUCCAUGAAGCAGUUUCUGGACUUUGGGUCUAGCAAUGCCUGUGAAAAAACUUCCUUCACCUUCCUGAGGCAGGAGCUGCCUGUGCGGCUGGCCAAUAUAAUGAAGGAGAUCAAUUUGCUUCCAGACCGGGUACUAGGAACUCCUUCAGUACAGCUGGUACAGAGUUGGUACGUUCAAAGUCUUCUGGACAUCAUGGAGUUCCUGGACAAAGACCCUGAGGACCAUCGGACCCUGGGACAGUUCACAGAUGCCUUGGUCACAAUCCGUAACCGGCACAAUGAUGUGGUGCCCACCAUGGCCCAGGGCGUGCUGGAGUACAAGGAGGCCUACGGUGAUGACCCUGUCUCCAACCAGAACAUCCAGUACUUCCUAGACCGAUUCUAUCUCAGCCGGAUCUCCAUCCGAAUGCUCAUCAACCAGCAUACGUUGAUCUUUGAUGGCAGCACAAACCCUGCCCACCCCAAACAUAUUGGCAGCAUCGAUCCCAACUGUGAUGUCUCCGAGGUGGUAAAAGAUGCCUAUGAUAUGGCCAAACUCCUGUGUGACAAAUAUUAUAUGGCUUCUCCCAGCUUGGAGAUCCAAGAGCUCAAUGCAUCCAACUCCAAACAGCCCAUCCAUAUGGUCUACGUCCCCUCCCAUCUCUACCACAUGCUCUUUGAGCUCUUCAAGAAUGCCAUGCGGGCAACUGUGGAGAGUCAUGAAUCCAGCCUCACACUCCCACCCAUCAAAGUGAUGGUAGCCUUGGGGGAGGAAGAUCUGUCUAUCAAAAUGAGUGACCGGGGCGGGGGUGUUCCUUUGCGGAAGAUUGAAAGGCUCUUCAGCUACAUGUACUCUACAGCUCCCACCCCUCAGCCGGGCUCCGGGGGAACCCCAUUGGCUGGUUUUGGCUAUGGACUCCCCAUAUCCCGCCUUUAUGCCAAGUACUUCCAGGGUGACCUGCAGCUCUUCUCCAUGGAGGGCUUCGGAACUGAUGCUGUCAUCUAUCUAAAGGCCCUGUCGACAGAUUCUGUGGAGCGUCUGCCUGUCUACAACAAGUCAGCGUGGCGUCACUACCAGACCAUCCAGGAAGCAGGCGACUGGUGUGUGCCCAGCACAGAGCCCAAGAACACAUCCACCUACCGAGUCAGCUAGACAGGCUGCUGCUGGCGGAGGCCUUGGGAGGGUUUCCAUUGCUGGCAAGUCCCCUCCUGGCUUUGCAGUGAUGACCAUGAGGACAGAUGGAUCUCUUUAAGGACUGGUCACCCUGGUGACCUUCCCCCUGUGUCUACCACCCUAAGGGAUCAGGGGGGAUGUCACCCUGAUCACCUGUCUCUGUUUCCAUAGAAACUAUGGUGAUGCCCUUUACUACACUGGCCCCCAGGUGCCAAUUUCUGUCUCCAUAGAGAUCCCUAGGGAGGUGCUUCCCUUUGGACUUUCCCCUCUACCCUAACCAUCUCAAGUUGGGGUGUGGGGAGAUGGGGGGAGUUCUCCCUGAUUACCUGACUGUUUCUAUUGCAGCCGCAGUGAUGCCCUCAUUACAGUGGCCCCCAGGUGCCAAUCUUUGUCUCCAUAGAGUCCUGGGGAGACCCCUAGGGUGGUCUACCUGGUGAUUUUCCCCCUUACCCGCACUAUCCUAAGGGAAGAGGAAGGGUCUCCUUGAUGACUUGUGUUGUUUUCCUUGGCUAUGGCCUCUAGGUGCCAAUCUCUAUCAUCACAGAGACCCAUGGGAUGGUAUCCCUGGUGACCUUCCUCUCACCCCUCUAUCACCCUAAGUAAGAGGUGGGGAAUCCCCCUCAUGACCUAGUGGCUGUAAUGGUGUCACUACAUAAAAGUUCCUGGAGGGAGACCCCUGGGAUGAUCUCCCUAGUGAACAAUCUCCUUGGUGACCCCCUUAGGGUUUCUAGCAUAUCUCCAAGGUAGGGUGUCCCAAUGGCAAUUCAUUGCUGGUAACCCCUCCCAAGACAAAAUCUGUCGCUUCUCAGCCUGGGGAGUAUUCUGGGUGCCUUGCCGCUCAUUGACCCCCUCUAGGUCUUCCAUCCAGACCCUUCAGCUUGCCUUUUCCUUCUCCUUUGAGCCAUUACUACCCCCCUCCCCACCACACAUACUCCCCAGGAGUUGAGCUCUUAUCAGUGUUAGGAAAAGACUGGUUGAGUCUGGGGGCAAAGAGAAGAGAACACACCAGCAUCUAGUAGUAGAGGCUCGGGCCUCUAUUGGGGCCACUCUGCUAAUGGACUUAUUAGGUUUCCAACUUCCAUGGGGUUGAUGAAGAAGGAAAUGUGAGUGGAUGGGGGAAUCCCUUUUCCCAGGGUAUUGGGGCAAACAGUGGUCUAGUGGGAAGACUCCUUUUGAAGGAAACUAAGGACAACCCAAGUAUCAGCCUUCCCAGAGUUCACCAGCCCCUCUGCUUAAGCAGUGUUUUCCUCUCCCUCUUUGGUCCAGGUUUUCUGUCCCAUGCACCCCAUCCUGCCUGCAGCAGCUUCAGUCUCUUGGACUCCCCUUCUGCCAUUCCCUUCCUGUUCCUCCUUUCAAAACUGCCCUUGUGCUUGGUGUGGCUUGCUCCCCCCUAAGCUGUAUGUACAUAUCUAGUUUUGUAUCCCCGGGGAGACCUCACCCCCUCCCUCUCGGCCAUUGAGCACACACACAAGAGGUUCAAGUUGUGUGUUCCUCCUGAUGACACCUGGUAAAAAGGAGAUUGAAUGAGA